AUGACCGCAGUCCGCUCUGCAGGCGUGCACUACUUUCAGCCGCCGUUUGAUCAGAUUCAGAUGUCCGACCACUACGCCAACGAUGCAUGGCGCCGCUCAUAUCCCCAGCAGAUGCCGCUGCCAUCGAAUAACUGGCACGAUGGUUCCAACAACAUGCCCGUUAUGACCCACGGCAUGCUCGAGACCGACCUUCGCAUGUUUCAACAAUCAGAAGCAGGAACCUACAACACGCCCUUCACCAGCGGUCAGCAACGUAUCUCGCAUGCGCUCGUCUCGCCGCGCCUCGCAUUUCCACCUGAUGCUGCAUGGGCUUCCGACAUGGAACUGGGCACGCCAUCAACCGGCACAUUCCCAUCAAACAUCGACGAAGGCUACACCAUUCGACAUACCUCCAACCACCUCACCCUACCAUCCACCCACGGACAUGACCCCUCCGACACGAACAGCCCUCGCAGCUCCUUCGGCGACCAAUCACCCUCAUCCCAAUAUGUCCAACCCAUCUUCAAGUCCGCACCAAAACGUCCCGGCAUCGCUCGCGCAGUCACAGCACCCGACACAAUCCCUCAACGACCACUCCACUCCCCACCAAUCAAACGCUCCCCUUCCGACGACGGAGAAGACGACGACUACUUUCCCUCCGCCUCCGACCCAAAAACCUCCUCUCGCAACCGCAAACGUGCACGAAUCCCACACACAGCCGUGGAGAGGCGAUAUAGAGAGAAUCUGAACGCACACCUCGAUCGUUUGCGGCAGACGGUGCCCGAGCUGGCAGCGCGGAGCGGGGCGGUGAAUGGCAAGGGAGGAGAGCCCGCUGGGUUGAAGCCGAGUAAAUGCGAGAUUCUGACGGGUGCGAUUGAGCAUAUUGGCGCGCUGGGGCAGGAGAAUUAUGCAUUGAAGGCGGAGGCGGAGGCGUUGAGAGGGAGGUUGGAGCAGCUGGAACGGUGGAUGGCGCAGAGGUGA